AUGCCAACUCCAAUUGAGCAAUACUACAAAUAUUUUUCAUUAUCACGUGUACCACCCAAGUUAUUAAAAAAUGAGGAACUUGCAAAUCUCUAUCUUAAGCCUCCAAAGGAAAAGAGAUCUGAACGUCCAAAAGUUCUAGUUUGGAAAAACAAUGCUACUCAACAAGCUGAUUUGGGUGAGAUGCCUAUUGAUCCAAAAGGAUAUCAUUUACAUUAUUUUCUUGUACUUGUAGAAAUUGCAUGCCGAAGAGUAGAUGGAGAACCACUCAAAAAUAAGACCUCAGAAGCUGUUUUUAAUGCAUUUAUUAGAAUUUAUCGAAGGGGGCGGAUAAAGCCACCAAUUUCCAGGUUGGAGGUUGAUAGUGGCAAGGAGUUUGAUAACCAUUUAAUUCAUAAUUUUUUCAUAAAUACUAUAGGUGUACUCAUAAGAUUUGGUGAGACAGGAAGACAUCAACAGCAAAGCUUCGCUGAGAAAGCUAUCCAGGAAAUACAGGAACCCCUGAUUCAGCGAAUGAAUGCACAGGAAAUAAAAACUGGUGUAACUUCCAUAGAAUGGUCUGAAGAUUUCCAUACCAUGGUAGACAGAGUUGAUGAACUAUGGCAACGUAAUCCUCUGAAAAUCCCAGAAGGCUUUCCCAAAAUUGAUAAAAAUACUGAACUUCUCUCAGAAGGCACUAGAGUACGAGUAAAAUUGGAAGAACCCAUGUCUGUAUUGGGAAAAAAAUUGCAUGGUAAAUUCCGCACAGGUGAUAUUAAAUGGAAUCCCGAAAUUCGGGUAAUAAGAAAGCUUAUGUUGAGUCCAGACCAACCUCCCACUUAUCUCCUUGAUGGUCCCCAUGGAAAAUUAAAGGUAUCUCGCUGUGCAUAUACCAGAAAAGAACUCCAGGUAGUCCCAGAUAAUGAGAAUCCUCCACCAGAUUCUGUUAUUAGAGGUAAUCCAGAAAGAUAUAUUCCAGAAAAAAUUCUUAAGCAACGAACUAGAAAAGGCCAAUUACAAUACUUGGUAAAAUGGAAGCAUUACCCUGAAAAUCAAGCUACUUGGGAACCUGCUGAUAAAUUGCAAGAAGAUGUUCCAGAUUUCGUAAAUAAAUAUUUGUCAGGAGCAUAA